GGAUGGAACGGAUUACUUCUGACUGGACGGUUGUUGAGAGGGACUUUGAACAGAUCCCCAAAACGGUGUGGAAGUCUAGCGAAAUUAUAUUGGAAAUCAUGCGGAACUCCAAAGCAGCUCUGCGGUAUGCUGAUGCUGAGCUAUUGGAUGAUGCAGGCUUCUUGCUGCAAGCUUGCCAGCUGCGUGGCUACACAUCUCCAGAUUCCCUGCACUGGUUGAAGACAGUGGCAGAUUGCCAACUUUGCUUGUGCUAUGCCAUGAAACAAAAUGACAAAGAAACGGCUGACAGGAUCAUGGUUCACUCCAAGCAACUGAUUGCCAAAGCAAACCACAUGGACAUUGUAACCUUGGUAGUUUUCGCCCUUUUUUGCGACGCUUUGACGCCAUGGAGGGAGCAUCUUCUGACAUUGCUGAAGGAUCUGUCGAAGCCAGCCUUGUCACAUGGUUUUUGUUCCAGAGCAGUCGCGGAUUUGGACUUAGUUCGAGCUUUGCUGCCCCAGAAACUAUGUCCUGCUCCCGCUGCAUUUGGCGACCGAUUGCUGCCUCUUCUGCCCGACAGCCUCCGUGCUGAAAAUUUCGCUUUGGGUGUAUUACUGACGCAUGAGGACAGACUGACACCAAAAGAGUUUGAUCGUUGCCUGGACGUUUGUUGUGAAAGAAGAGACCGUGUACCUACCACCGAGGCAAGGACACUUCUGAUAGCAUGCUUGUCCAGGUCAUAUGAGGUCGAUCGGCUCACCAAAUUGCUGACUUGGGCAAGCCAGGAAGACUACAAGUCAUUUGUACCUUUCAUCUUGGGAAAAGAUAUCUCUGUCUUCUUCCUCGCAAACAUGGCAUCAGAACAUCGCGCUGCCAUUUUCCAAGAGCUCUUGGACUUUUGGGGAGGACCAGAAAAGAUUGUAGCCAUCAUUCGGGAAGAUCACAAGAAGAUUCAAUCCCUUUUGCGUUGGGCCAUUUGUCAGGGAGAUGCUGCCAUUUGUGCCUCCAAAAAUGUCAGAGAGACACUUUCUCAUGUUGUAGAUGGGGAGCUGUAUGAGACUGGUGAUGCUCAGGUAGGACAGACCUUAUUUUCUCUUUGCUUUGCAGGGACCAACCUACCAACCAACAUCGUCGAGACCAUACCUGUGGAAUGGCUCAAGGAACUCAUGGAUUUGAGAGGGAGCGAACCCUUCCUUUCAAGCACUCUUCUGCUGCGAAUGGAACAAUGCGAGGAUUCAACUUUCAAGGAUAAAUUUCCAGAAGUUUGGUGCCCUGUUUGGGGUACUUUGCAGGAAGAAGAUUGCUUCAGAGCUGUGGGCCUGGUUGCCAGGUGGUGCAAGUUGGUUGGGCUGGAUCGAGAUGCAGCAGCUUUUGCCAUCAAAGUUCUGAGAUGUUUACCUCUGAAUGUCUUGAGUGGUCCAUCUCUCGACAUCAUUUACUCACCCGAGCUGCCUGUCCAAGCUGGCAUCAUAUAUGUAACGCAGUUGUUGCAGCAAAAUCGGAAAGAAGAUCGAGAAGAGCUAAAAAAAAUUGUUGACCGAUCAAAUCGGAGGUUUGAGGAGGUUGGUCAUGCUGCAGCGCAGGCCAUGAGCGUGGCAGAAGAGGCAAACAGACGAGCCAACCAGGCGGAAAUGACAGCGCAGCAAGCUCAAUCAGAGGCUCGCAGUGCCAGCCGGACAGCCAGCUAUGCUGAACACACAGCCCGCAAUGCUGAGCACACAGCCCGCAAUGCUGAACGCCUUGCUGCGGUCAAUUGAUCCUAAGCUUUAUGGCUUCGCUGAGAUUAUUGUAGCAUCGCACAGAGUGGCCCUUUCAGUGAAA